AUCACUCUUACGAGCAGGGAGCGUUUAACUUUUUAUCUUGUCCCUGUUGCAGCAGUUGCUACACAAGACGAAAAUACCACACCUCACAUUUUCCUGAAUGAUAUAAGUGAAUCUCUAAUUGUCAGUUGGAACUGGUUAAUCCUUUGCAAACCACCCUGUGGACUCCAGUGCACUGACAGCUCAUGGAGAUAAGGGAGACUGAGGGUGCAGCAUCAUGGCACGCUUGUUUCAGUGGCAGAACGAGAAGGUCCAGUUCCAGCACGACAGGUUGCUGGCUUCUGAGUUGUGUGGCUGAGCUGUAUGCCAGGCCACUGAAACAAUCGGAGGUUAAAAAUAACUUGGAUAUUAAUUAAAAAAAUUAAAUAACCAGGUCCAACCCUUCACCUGCCUCACUAAACACGUUGGCUUUUUUUUUUUAAUGCAAGUGGCUGUAUUGAUUAGCUGCAUGGUGUGAUCUGCAGGUAGCUAGCUGUACGAGGAGAGGAAGCAAGCUGCAGUAUGAAUGAGUGGCAUGCAGUAGUGCCAGAGUGAGAGGGAAGGGAUCGCUUGGCCCAGCCUCAGCAACGGGAAGGGGUUGAGCAAAAACUGGAAGCUCACCCCUGCUGCAACGUUCAGGGGAGAAGGCCAGGCAGUCCCGGGAGGCUCUGCUAUCGGCCUGUGUCCUUGGAACACGGAUCUGAGGCUCCUCCGUGCUGAGCGCGUGUGUGUCCCAUCUGCUACCACGCCCUGAAAUCAAACUCGGCAGCUCAGGUGAAGCAGGCACUGUACAAACAUGUCAGACGUGCCUCCACCCCUUUCCCUUCUCCCGCUUUCUCCCGCCGUCUUCCUCUCCCAAGUUUACCGGCACCUCAGCGGAUCCCGGUGGCAGAGCUCUUCCACCUCGCCCCUGGGUACGGAGCAAUGAGGAGCCAGGGCCCAGCAACACCAUCCUCCAAUCGGCUUUGCUGCGUGGCAGUGGAAGAGUUUCCCCGCAGACCCUUCUUUCUUCUCUCACUUGGAAUUGUCCUCUACCGGCAUUGCUGCAGCAGGACUUGCCAGACAUUAAGGCCUUAAUGUAUAUGGGGACAGAGUACUGAAAAAAAAAACCCACACAACAGAAGAGAAGUUUGUGGCUGGCAUCAUGUUCCGCAAGAAGAAGAAGAAACGCCCUGAGAUCUCGGCUCCGCAGAACUUCGAGCAUCGUGUCCACACUUCGUUUGACCCAAAAGAGGGCAAAUUCGUGGGCCUGCCACCUCAAUGGCAGAAUAUUCUAGACACACUGAGGCGCCCCAAGCCGGUGGUGGACCCUUCAAGGAUCACCCGCAUGCAACUCCAGCCUAUGAAGACAGUCGUGAGGGGCAGCACCGUGGAAGUGGAAGGCUACAUCUCUGGGAUACUCAACGAUAUCCAGAAGCUUUCUGCCAUCAGUUCCAACACUCUGAGGGGAAGGAGCCCCACCAGCAGGAGGAGAGCUCAGUCCCUUGGGCUCCUGGGGGAAGACAGACCCCCGGACAUGUAUCUUCAGAGUCCUGAGGCAGAGUGGGCAGACAAAUACGGAAACUACCUCAAUUGCAAUGGUGGGGCCAAGGUGACCCGAAGGCAGACUAUGUGGCCAGAUUACAAACCCAGGUUGGAUGGACAGUCUCAGCCCAAUGGUAUGGUCAUGAAAGCGCAGUCCCUUGGGCCUUCGGAGUUCCAGGACGCCGACAGCAGCUGCCUCCAGCGUGCUUCUUGUCUGCAGCACGUGCCAGCUCUGCCGGGGGAGAGUGACAAAAUGGGCAAGAGGAGCUCGGAAGAGUGCUGGCCUCAGCCUUGUCUAGUACGACAGGCAAACUCUAGGCCCUCGGGAGAAGGCAGCCCCAGCUCCAAAUCAAGGGAGAACAGCUUGAAGAGGAGGCUGUUACGCAGUGUGUUCCCCUCCUCCAGCAGUUCCAACAAGUCAGGCCCUUCCCUGCAUAUAAAGCCUACUGCUUUCUUCAGGCCCCAGCAGUGGGGCUCACCGCGCAGCCCUGCCGCCAAAGCCCAGUCCCUCCCACCGGAUCAGCCCGCGUCCGAUUUCCCCAGGCUCAUUUCGGAAGCUGGUACCCCCCAGAAGUCACCAACAGCGGAGAAGGCGAUUGCGGUGCCCCAGGGCAGGCCAUCACCGGCCGGAUCUCCCCGAAACCGGCAGACUCAGACUAGUUCCAGCAACCUGCACCUUCCCCAGGAUUCCUCUGGGAAAGGGCAGCCGGCAAGCGAGGACCCCGUGGUUGUGACUCACGAGCAGUUCAAAGCUGCCCUUCGGAUGGUGGUGGACCAAGGGGAUCCGCGGACGUUGCUGGAGAAUUACAUAAAGAUCGGUGAAGGGUCCACGGGCAUCGUUUGCAUUGCUCGGGAGAAGCACUCGGGGCGGCAGGUGGCGGUGAAAAUGAUGGAUCUGAGGAAGCAGCAGCGCCGGGAGCUCCUGUUCAAUGAGGUGGUGAUAAUGAGGGACUAUCAACAUGUCAACGUAGUGGAGAUGUACAAGAGCUACCUGGUGGGAGAGGAGCUCUGGGUGCUGAUGGAGUUCCUGCAGGGGGGGGCCCUCACGGACAUUGUGUCUCAGAUCAGGCUAAAUGAAGAGCAAAUUGCAACGGUGUGCGAAUCAGUGCUGCAGGCUCUUUCCUACCUUCACUCUCAGGGGGUCAUUCACCGAGACAUUAAGAGCGACUCUAUUCUUCUGACCCUGGAUGGAAGGGUCAAACUCUCAGAUUUUGGUUUCUGUGCUCAGAUCAGUAAAGAUGUGCCUAAAAGAAAGUCCCUGGUAGGUACUCCCUACUGGAUGGCUCCGGAAGUUAUUGCAAGGGUUCCAUACACUACUGAGGUGGACAUCUGGUCUCUGGGGAUCAUGGUGAUAGAGAUGGUGGAUGGAGAACCCCCCUAUUUCAGUGAUUCUCCAGUCCAGGCGAUGAAGAGACUCCGUGACAGUCCUCCUCCCAAACUGAAAAACUUCCACAGGACUUCUCCGGUUCUGAGAGACUUCUUGGAAAGGAUGUUGACGCGGGAACCGCUAGAAAGAGCGACGGCACAAGAACUUCUGGAUCAUCCCUUUCUGCUCCAGACAGGACUCCCAGAGUGCCUGGUCCCCCUCAUCCAGCAAUACAGAAAGCGUACCUCUACCUGCUGACUUGACGUAAGGGGAAAUGCUGGGAAAAAGUAAUGCUUAACAAUCAAGAGACCAGGCAGUCUUUUCCUGUGAAUGGUGCUCAGAACUCCUUGGUGGUCUUCUCGCAGGAUGAAUGUGAAUACUGUCCUUGUGUCCUCGGCCUUUGUGACUUCUCUUUUGCUAAAGACAAUCAAUGCAUCCAAGAUCUUAAUAAGACCAUGUUUUUCUCAAGAGCAAAGCAGGUGUUGGAUGACUUCUGGAUCACUUCUUCCAAAGAAUGGCAUUUGUAUGCGGAUCUGAGGUUGUGUAUCUGAAUGCUUGCGAGUUCCUGCAAACCGUGGCUGCCGACUGCUGAACUGGAACAAAAUUUCCCAACUAGUAAUGUGAUCUUUGUUUUGUCGGAUGUACACUGGAGUAUUGAGCUAACCUAAAUGUACGUUUUGGGGCACGGAUGCCUUUCAACUCUCCAACAAUGCACAAAGACUUGGUAAUUUUUUUCCUCUGAGACUUUUUCCACAGAUGAUUUUAAUCUUCAGUUAAAUGUGGACCUGGAAUGCUGUACAUAUUUCCCCAGGGAGCAGAUGUGAUAUGUACAUAUUUGUUUUCCAGCGGCUCUCUUGCAUCAACAUGCUUUUCUUUUGCUGAGAAAUAUGUAUGGUUUAGUGGUCAGUCUUGAAUCCAUUUCAUUAUCUUAAACUUUUGGAAGGGAGGCCGUUGAAGGCUAGGCCUCAAAGUGAGCUCAGUGAGAACAGUUGUUCCUGCUACCGGGAUCUCGUGGUUGAAAAUGCACAAUAUGCAACACGUCCGGUGCUGGUUGGAGCGGAGACUCUGUGAAAGUGUUCUCCUGUAUUUGGUUUCCAAGCAGCUUUCUUUCCGAGUCCUUUCUCCCAAGGAGGCCAAGGAGCGCUGCCCUGACGUAGAUGUGGGGUAACGCUUUGGGAAUGCUCUGGGAGACAGAAUGAAAAAGUUUCAGCUGUCCUGCCUCUAUCCCAGGAGAGAUUUUUUAUGUGCACAGCAAGGCUGUUUGUUCAGCCUCCCUCUCCCUUGCUUGCUACUGCGGGACGUGGGGAGAAGGGAAACUUUUGAUGUAUGUUUUGUAAUUGGUACGUCCUUCCCCCAUCGCCUGCCCUUGGUGAUACAUUCAGGAGGGUUCUGGUUGUCCAAGCAGCUCUCUCAGUUAUUUUUAAAUAGAUUUAGAUAUUUUGUAUGACGCGGUUUCUGAUCAGUGAGAUAGUCGAGUUAACUGGACUCUAGGUCAGGAUGUCACAUUGUACAGUGGUGGUGCAUAUUGUUGUGAGGUCUCAAGAAUGUGUCUUAUGUGUGAAAGUGGGAUCCCAUUUUGAAACUCAGAUACAAGUUUAUUGAAAAUUAAGUUAUUCUUGGGACAGUCGUGCUGUCUCAGACACUCUUCAUUGCAUUUUCUCCAGAAGAUGUCGAUAAUCUCUGUCCUCUGCUGUUUACUCCAAUGAUAGAUCCUGCUUCAGAAUUGAAGCCACAGUUGAUUACUUGAAGUAAUUUGGGAUGGAAUUCAUCUGCACUGUUGCCAGUCACCUAAAUGGUGGGCGCCCAGACUGCGAAGCAUGUAGGUUGCCUCUGUAGACCGUGGUGAGAAGAGCACCUCUGGAGGGUGAGGCCAGUAGAGUGAUCGUGGUGGUCUGCGCGGACUGGAUGUCUAAGUUUGGGGUUGAUCAAGCUAAUUGAAAUGAAUUUGCUUAGCUCUUCCUGAGCUGCACUGGAAAGUUUUUGAUGUAAAAUGUUUCUGUAUUCCAGAUAGACCGCUUUUUUUUUUAUGCAAAAGAGCAGGGCUUUAAAAAGAUUUAUAAAUUGAAACAAAUGAUCCUGCUCACCUGUAGUUGUGAAUCCUUUGCACUUGUGUUUUAAAUUAAAGUAGAUCUUGAUUUAUUCAUAUGCCUGUUGCAUUGCUGAGAUGCUUUAAAAUGUAUCCGUAGUUCAGAGGUAUAAGGAAAGAAGAAUGUGCACCUCGAAGUCUGGUGUAACUUAUCUAUUCUGUGGCUGUGUGGCUUCUAAAGCAACUAAAGGCAGUAGCAGAAGGCCUGGGUUCUGAAACAUGCAUUUAUUGGAGUGAGUGAUGAUGGGGUUGGGCUUUAAUGCCACAUCUACUGCAGCCUAAAUCUGACUAAACGCAGUGAAGUUAAAACUGCAUCAUCGUGUUUGUGAAGAAUGCAGAAGUAUCCAUCUUCCUAUCCAGCGCAGAGUUAAAUAUCUGAUUCCUGGGUUUCUCUCUGUAAGAUGAGUCCACGCAAUUGAAUACAAAUCCUAAGACAGACCUGUGAGUUCCAUGAAGAUUGAAGCUGUCAUCUCCAGGGCCUUCCCAGUUCCCUCCCAAGAACGGCGCAACCAGCCAGGAGAACUGUGAUAAGCAAAGCAGCCUUUUGAUUUGCACUGCAGCGAUGUUCAGGAGCCAGGUUUCUCAUGCGUUAAUCGAUAUCUAAGUACGGCACAGAACGCAGCCUCUGCUCAAAAGAGCUCAUAGCCUACUCAGCGGGUAAUUAUGCUUUGAGAUGUUUUUUUUCUGAAUAUCUUUUCCUAAGGUUACGUUUGUAUCUCAGGGUUUUCUGUUGUUUUGUGUCAUGUUUCCCCCAAAUGCUGCCUUUUAUUUUCCUUUCUGCCUGCCUUGCUGAUGUGGAGCCCUUCUGUGCUGUCUCAGCCCUGGCAGUCGGCAUGCACGGGCCUUUGAAGCUGGCAGGUCGAAUAGAGAUGAACAAUUUGCUAAAUCAAACCGGGAGCCUGCGACUGCUGUCAUCUCCCAGUUGCACUUAUGUAUAUGUAAUGGUGCCUGUCCUCGUCAAACAGGGCUCUGUGCUCGCAGCUGCAGCCGCUUAGUGUCUCAUUUACUUCAGAAUGGGAGGAAUCUUUCUCUAGAGGCCCCUGUCUUUUAACUGCAGAUUGCAGAGGGACUCUGGAUGAGAUAAGGCUCCCAGCUUUUAAGGUUGCUCAGUGUGGUGAGAGGAAUCCCGUGCUUCUCCCUGUAGCCCGGAGAAAUUGUUGCGCUGCGCCUUAGGCCCUCGUCUAUAAAGCAGGGAUAAUAGGAAGCAGUAAAUCUUGACUGCGUGGGAAAGUUUUGGGAAGGGAGAAUAGCCUUACAAUACAGCAACUACUGUGCAGCGCUUCCUUCUGAAGCAGCAACGGUCACAUCAGCACCCCAUCUUCAUCGUAGCAUCAUAGAAUCACCAAGGUUGGAAGAGACCUCUGAGAUCACCCAGUCCAACCGUCCACCUAUCACCAACAGCUCUCACUAAGCCACAUCCCUCAACACAACAUCUCAACGUUCCUUGAACAUGGCCUCUUCAUUGCAGAGGUUGAAGGUUUGGGAGCGUUAGGUACUGGUUUGAGGCUGAACUGUGACUGUCAACUGGACGUGGUUUGUGGGAAGAGUCCUCCUCCGCUUAGAAACUGCCAUUAGUUGAUUCUUAACAAUAUAGUAAGAAGUUGGGGCUCCAAAAGUGAAGUAUUUUUCACCAGAGAAUUUAGUGGUAGAGGAUGAGCCUUAGAACGUGCCACGUGAGAGAUGAAAAUAUGAAAAGAGCCAAAGAUUUAUCCUGAAUCUGCUGUCAGAGCAGUCACCAUUCAAAGAAAUUUGCCUUAAUUACUAUUGAUCUUGGUCUCUGUAUAAAACAGCCUCGUUACAGAGUUCUGUCUGAUCCAGCUGCUGCAUCAGCCCGUGGUCAGCGAGUAUCCUAUGGUAAGGAAAAACACGGGCAGGGCUGCACGGAGAAAUCUUCCAAGAUGUCUGAGUUCUGAAGGAAGAAGUGCUGGAGGACCAGAAGUUGGCAUUUCUAUUCUGGAGUCUGUAAGUAACUCACGUGCCCUGACCCAACGUGCUGCCGUAGGGAUGGUGUCCCUCUAAGCCAUGGGAAAAUCAUUCCUCUUAUUGUUUGAACCCCCUCCACGAACGUCUGCCCCCCCAAAAAAAUAUUAGUGCUGUUACCUUAAUCUUACUUCUGACCAUUUCUCAUCUAUCCAAAGUUUCAUCCUGUUUUGCUUAGAGGCUGUCUUUGCUCCAGAGGAGUGCACCUGGGCUCUGAAGCAUGAGGGCUGCUUUGCUUCAGUGAGGAAGGCCACCGGUGCAGAACGUGGUCAGUGCUCCACCUGAGAGCUGGCUUUGUUUAGAGCGAAUGGUUCUUCUGUGUGCGCUCAGAAAAGUAGCUGUAGCAGACUUUUUUUAGCACUGAGAUGUAAUCUAUGUAGAAUAUUCUACCUGUUUUUCAUGCACUUCUGCAUAAUUUGCCUGAUAAAGCUGUGCCGGUGCUUUAAUAACAGAAGAGUUGCACAAUGGAAACUGCUGUGGUACGAGGGUACAAGUCAUGGUGGUGAGUUUUCUUCCUCAGGCUUCAAACGUCACAGGGUAUUAAUAACAUGAGUCCAAUCUGCUAAGUUUUCUUCCAUCUGCAGCAUGGUCCAGCUGAGCUGUGAUUUCUUGUUCAAUGUCCCCAUCCUCAAAGCUUCAUGAAGAGCGCUUUGGCGUUUUUCAGCCCCUGCUUCCUCUAACAAAUUUGUUGUCCAAAGGUUGUCAAGAGAAUGAUGUUCUGCUUGGAGGC